UAAUCUUGAGCAUACUUCCUUGUAAUCUGCAACAUACCAUAUUUUGAUUUGUGCUGUGCAGCUAGUGAGCCAUUUGAUGAACAUGUUUCUUCUUCAUGGUCUCUGUGCCUUACACACAUGGGAUGUAAUGCACCUGCGCAGUACUGGCUCGAAACUUUCAAAGCAGUUAACUGGUAUUUUUUUCAGUAACCCCACCCCUCCAUACCUCCCUAUAUAAGCCCCCUUGGUGUCCUCACUCCAGUUCUUUUUUGUCUGCCACAGCAGUAGCUUCUUUAAGAGUAUUCAGAGCAUUUUCUUGUUUCACUUUUGGUUUUGACUUGGAUUCUUCUCAUUGGAUUUCACCUCAGAUUUCGGUGUUUUUGGUUCAAUCUUUGGACUUCACAAGACAUCCACAUUCUUCAAUGUGUCGAGUGCAGUGCUGAGAUCCCCAAAGAAGACAGCCAUUCCAAGUUCACCUUGGACAAUGCUACCAUUGUCAGGCCUUCAAGCCUCAAGCACACUGCAACUGAGCCGCUAGGCUUAAGGCCCUCCUUUGGAAACAAGCCCUCUGUGCCUCAACUCGAUCGGCUGACCAUAUGGCUUUGGUGAUGGAUCUGCCCAACAAAGACCACUCAGGUCCUCCAUUUGACACGCCAUCCAACAGUUGAAAGCUAACUCCUUUCCAUAGCUCAUGUACUCUCCGUUGACCCCUCCUCUGGCACAGUACCCUUCUCUUCCUUCACAACCAGUAUCUCCUCAGCUUUGUGCCGAUGAUACAACCUCACCAGGGGCAUGCCCUCUCUCUUCCUUGACCUUGUUGAGUCCUCACAACAGACGCAACACUUCUUGUUUUUCUGAUCCUCUCAUCAAGACUUUUCUUAAAACCUUCAUCCACUGGUUCUGCCACCUGCAUGGAGUCUACAAUUGGUCUUGGCUCAACUCCCUAAACCUCCAUUUGAGCCCAUGGUCACAUGUGAUAUCCUCAUCUGGAAAACUGCCUUUUUGGUGGCAAUUACUUCGGCUAGAUGGGUCAGUAAGCUGUGUGCCCUCCUUUCUGAUCCACCUUAUACCUGAUUCCACUAGAUAAGGUGGUUCUUCGCCCGGACAUCAUAUUGUUAUUUUGGAAUUUCACCUCACGCAGGACAUCAUUCUCUUUGCCUUCAUGCAAGAUCUGUCCUCUGACCUUGAGAAGUCUCUUCAUACUCUGGACAUAUGCAGGGCAUUGGCCUUCUAGGUGGAUAGAAUGGCCCACUUUUGUAAGACCAAGCACCUCUUUGUGUGCUGUUCCCCAUUUCACUUGAGACAUCAAGUCUCCACCCCUCAGUGUUUCUCCAAAUGGGUGACUUCUGCCAUUCAUCUUGCUUAUGAGCUGGCUGGCAAACGCCCUCCAGCUCCUCUCAAGGCUCACUCUACGAGGUCUAUCUCCAUGUCUACUGCCUUCUUUGCAGGCAUUCCUCUCCAAGAUGUUUGCUGUGCUGAAAUGUGGUCUCAACGAUCCACAUUCAUCUCUCACUGCCAAAUUGACAACAGAUCCAAGAGAAAUGCUGCUUUUGGUCAGGCUGUCCUCUUCUCCUCCACUGUGUGACACUCCCUCUUCCACUGAGCUUCCAGCAGAUCUUACCAAGAUGCACCUCACAGAUGGCCAACAUCCACAGGUGACGCAUGUUCCUUCAAGCCAAUCUGGCUGCAGCAUUGCCAGUGACUCUGGGAGCAGCAGUUUGUCUGACAUCUACCAGGCUACAGAAAGUGAGAUGGGAGAUGUAGAUUUAACUGGUCUCCCAGAAGCACCAGUAGAUUCUGAGGAUGAAGAAGAAGAAGAUGAAGACAUUGAUAGAACCUCAGAUCCCCUGCUGGGACGAGACGUUGUACGGGAGUGCCUUGAAAAAGAACCUGCUGACAAAACAGAUGAUGACAUUGAACAAUUAUUGGAAUUCAUGCACCAGCUUCCUGCUUUUGCAAACAUGACUAUGUCUGUAAGACGAGAACUGUGCUCAGUGAUGAUAUUUGAAGUGGUAGAGCAAGCAGGAGCCAUCAUCCUCGAAGAUGGUCAAGAACUGGAUUCUUGGUAUGUUAUUUUAAAUGGCACUGUUGAAAUCAGCCAUCCAGAUGGGAAAACAGAAAGUCUAUGUAUGGGAAAUAGCUUUGGGAUUACUCCUUCCCUGGAAAAGCAGUACAUGAAUGGUGUGGUUAGAACCAAAGUAGAUGACUGCCAGUUUGUGUGUAUAGCCCAGCAGGACUACUGGCGAAUUCUAAACCAUGUAGAAAAAAAUACACACAAAGUUGAAGAAGAAGGAGAAAUUGUUAUGGUGAAGGAGCACAGAGAGCUGGACCGCAGUGGAACCAGGAAAGGACACAUAGUUAUUAAGGCAACACCUGAACGCCUGAUUAUGCAUUUGAUUGAAGAACACUCUAUCGUGGAUCCAACAUACAUUGAAGACUUCCUGUUAACAUACAGGACAUUUUUGUCAAGUCCCCUAGAAGUUGGGGACAAGCUCUUGGAGUGGUUUCAAGUAGACAGUCUCAGGGACAAGGUUACUCGAGUUGUACUAUUGUGGGUAAACAACCAUUUUAAUGAUUUUGAAGGAGAUCAUGCCAUGACACGAUUUUUGGAAGAAUUUGAGAGAAACUUGGAAAAUGCAACAAUGAAGGGGCACCUAAGGUUACUAAACAUUGCCUGUGCAGCGAAGGCAAAGUGGAGACAAAUCACAUUGCAGAAGCCUUCUCGAGAUUCCCCACUUUACUUUGGCCUCCUUGGAGGAAGUGAAAAGGGGUUUGGUAUUUUUGUAGAGACAGUUGAAUCAGGCAGCAAGGCUGCUGAAGCUGGGCUUAAACGUGGAGAUCAGGUAAUGGAAGUAAAUGGCCAAAACUUUGAGAAUAUUACAUUUGCAAAAGCUACUGAAAUCCUGAGGAACAAUACUCAUCUUUCCAUCACUGUAAAAACAAAUAUUUUUGUGUUCAAAGAGUUGCUUAAUAGGAUAGGGCAAGAAAAAAAUGGCAUUCCACAUAUUCCCAAAAUAGCAGAAAAGAAGAAUAAUCGAUAUUCCAUUCCUGAUAUUCCUGGAGAUGUGGAACAGAUGUUUCCACGUGAGAAAGGGAACAAGAAAAUUAAAGCGAAUACUGUGUCUGGUGGAAGAAACAGAAUCAAGAAAAUUUUAGACAAGACUCGAUUUAGCAUCUUGCCUCCAAAGCUGUUUAGUGAUGGUAGUGUAAGUCAGUCACAAGAUGACAGUAUUGUGGGCACAAGACAAUGCAGACACAGUUUGGCAAUUAUGCCUAUUCCUGGCACACUUUCCUCCAGCAGUCCUGAUCUCUUGCAGCCUACAACCAGCAUGUUGGAUUUUUCUAAUCCUUCAGCCGUUGGUUUUUACUACAUUCCAGAUCAGGUUAUAAGAGUUUUCAAAGCUGAUCAACAGAGUUGUUACAUUAUUAUCAGCAAAGACACUACAGCAAAAGAGGUUGUGAGCCAUGCAGUGCAUGAAUUCAAUUUGGUAGGCGCCCCAGAGACAUAUUCUCUGUGUGAAGUUUCUGUGAGUCCUGAAGGAGUUAUCAAGCAGAGAAGGCUUCCUGAUCAAUUCUCAAAGUUAGCAGACCGAAUUCAGCUCAAUGGGAGGUAUUAUCUUAAAAAUAAUAUGGAAACAGAGACUUUGUGCUCAGAUGAAGAUGCUCAAGAAUUGCUUAGAGAAAGCCAGAUUUCCCUCUUACAGUUGAGCACUAUUGAGGUAGCUACUCAGCUAUCAAUGAGAGACUUUGAAUUAUUUCGGAAUAUUGAGCCUACUGAAUAUAUUGAUGACCUAUAUAAACUUGAGUCUAAAACAGGAAAUGCUAACCUGAAACAGUUUGAGGAUGUUAUUAAUCAAGAGACAUUUUGGGUUGCCACGGAAAUUUUAUCUGAACCAAACCAGCUCAAAAGGAUGAAGAUUGUGAAACAUUUCAUAAAAAUAGCUCUUCAUUGUCGAGAAUGCAAGAAUUUCAACUCUAUGUUUGCUGUUAUAAGUGGUCUUAAUCUAGCACCAGUUGCUCGACUUAGAGGUACUUGGGAAAAAUUACCAAGCAAGUAUGAAAAACACCUCAGAGACCUUCAAGAUCUUUUUGAUCCAUCUAGAAAUAUGGCAAAAUAUCGCAACAUCCUUAGCAGUCAGAGCAUGCAACCUCCAAUUAUUCCCCUCUUUCCUGUCGUCAAGAAAGACAUUACAUUUCUACAUGAAGGAAAUGAUUCAAAGGUGGAUGGUUUGGUAAAUUUUGAGAAACUCAGAAUGAUUGCCAAAGAGAUUCGUCAAGUCAUCAGAAUGACUUCAGCUAACAUGGAUCCUGCUGUGAUGUUCAGACAAAGGAAGAAGAGAUGGAGGAGUUUGGGGUCACUGAGCCAGGGCAGCACAAACUCAAACAUGUUGGAUGUUCAAGGAGGUGCUCACAAAAAACGGGCCCGGCGAAGCUCCCUGCUAAAUGCCAAAAAGUUGUAUGAGGAUGCUCAGAUGGCCAGGAAAGUCAAACAGUACCUGUCAAAUCUGAAUGUGGAAACAGAUGAAGAAAAAUUCCAGAUAAUGUCACUUCAGUGCGAACCUGCAUAUAGCACUUUGACAAAGAAUUUAAGCGAAAGGCGAGGCAUAAAAGCUGCAGAAAUGUCUCCAAUGCCAUUGAGGUCUGCUGGUCAAACUGCAAAAGCUCAUUUACAUCAACAAAACAGAAUGAGUCAAGUCCUUCAGGUUCCAGCUGUUAAUUUGUACCCAAUUAGGAAAAAAGCACCAGCAAAAGACCAUGUCUCAUUCAAUGCUGGAUCUCCUCAGAAGUCAAUGAGUUUAUCUGAAGAAUCAAAUAGUAAAAAACAAGCUGAAGAUAAUAUAUCUAUGGCAUCAUCUUUGCAUUCCAGUCCUCCUGCUUCUCCACAGGGCUCUCCACGCAAAGUUGGUAACCCCCAGAGAUCUGAUAACUGCAGCCAGAUUAAUCUCUCUGGAUCAUCCUCAUCUCUUGCAAGUGAAGCAAGCAACAAGAACAGUGGACAACGCAGCUAUGGAAUAGGCUAUGCUCUGAUACCAUCUGCCAAAUCUGAGAAUUUCUCAGAUUCCAGCCACAGCGAAAUCUCUUCCCGGUCUAGCAUUGUGAGCAACUGUUCUGCUGAUUCCAUGUCUGCAGCCCUUCAGGAUGAAAGAUGUUUGCCUCAGGCAGUGGUGGUGGUAGAUUCAGUGGGAACAGCAGAAAGGAAAGAGCACCUUCUACCAUCUUCGGAGUACAGCCAGACUUGCCCUGGUUGGCCGCUUCCUAGACCUCCAGUGAUCCGGGGACUUCCUGUCCCAUCUUCCAUGAGUACAGAGGAGAUUUCCCAUGAGCACAUCAUGAUAGAAGCAGCAGAUAGUGGUCGUGGCAGCUGGACUUCUUGUUCUAGUAGUUCUCAUGAUAACUUCCAAAAUAUCCAGAACCAGAAGGGAUGGGACCUCUUAAAUUCUUAUCGCCACACUCAUUUAGAAAGGGCCAUAGCCGAAGUUGAACCAUCAAGUUGUUGUCCUGAAGAGACACAUUUGCAGUCCCACCUUCAUUCAAAUAGCAGCAGGCAGUCCAAAGCUAGCACAGACUUUGACGAAUCCCGGCAAAGCUGGGCUUCGUCAAGCUCUCUAGCUGAUGCCCAUGAGGCAAACUAUGGGACAGUAAAACGAAGAGGACUCGACAGCUUAACAGUGGAGCAGGCUGAGGUUUUGGACUCCAAAGCAGGGAAUGAUGCCACAUAUAAAACUGUGACAUCAAGUACGGAGCGAGGCCUCAUAGUGUACUGUGUCACCUCACCUAAGGAAGACAAUAGGUAUAGGGAGCCACCGCCCACCCCACCAGGAUAUAUGGGGAUUUCUUUAGCGGACAUAAAGGAAGGAUCACCUCACCACCCACAUCUAAAACCUCCAGACUAUAGUGUGGCGGUGCAGAGGUCAAAGAUGCUGCAUAGCAAGCUCUCUAGGCUCUCCUCCGCUCCUCUGACUAGUGAACAAGUGGCCUGUUUUCCAAAGAAGAUGCCACAGUGGCAUAGCCAACAGCCGGCCCAUCCUAAGCUAGCAGAUAUGACUGACGCAAAUAGUGAAGAGGAUGAAGAUGAACAAGUAUCAGCUGUUUAGCCUAUCAGCUUCCUGUGAAAAUUGCCUCAAGUCACAAGAACGUCGUAAGAAGGAACCAUACAAUACUGUUAGCUGUAGCUGACAGCUUGCUGCUAUUGAUUUCCAAAUGUUGCUUUUUGCUUCUAUUCUGAAUAUUAUGGUGAACUUCUCUGGAUUGUAACUUUGAACUUCAGUCUGCUAAAGAGACAAAGAGCUUUAUCUGAAGAAUACUGACCUUAUAUUGCAGAAGCCAAUAUUCAGAAGGAUCUAACUUUUAAUGCAUUGAGGCCACCUUGGAAGCAUUCUUCUCUAGAAAAUAGAUUUAAUCUUUUAGUAGACUUGACACAGAUAUUUUCUAUUGUGGCCAUUCUGGCUCUCAGUUGAAGAAUGUUAUUUUAUGUAGUUACAAAAACUGCAAAAACUUCAGCAAAACCAAGGAGACUUCUGCGGCAAUCAGAAGUUUAAUUUAUUAAUUUGGAGUUUAUAUAAGAGUUUUUGUUUGUUUAUACAGGUAUGUAUAUUGGAAUGCUCUGGUUGGCUAAUGUGAAUGCUUUUACAAAGAAAGGUAACAAAGUAGUUGCUAAUGAAAUGUCUUGUGCUAAGCAGAACACUUUGGACUUCGGAGGAACUGGAUGUUCAUCAGUGCAGCAAGAGGUUUAUACAGUGGAACAUAAACCUCUCUUGUAAAAUGUCAAUUCUUUGUGUACUUUAAUAUAAAUGUAGCAGUAGAAUACUGCCAUCUGUUGGUCCUGUAUUUUAAAUCCAGUAAAAUACAUGAGACCAUCCUUUUCACUAUCAAGUGAUUUAACGAACAACAUGCAGUUUCUUUUUUUCUUCAAUAUAUUCUCUUUCCUGCCCUUCAGUCUAACUGAUUUAUGGUCUGUGUUGUAUGUACAACAUUGUCUGCCAGACAACCCAUCAGGCACAAGUCCCACUGUUUAUUUUUUUUUAAAAGGAAAGAUAAAGCACAAGGAGAUAAUGGUUGUUUGUCAAUUCUGUCCUUAAGUUUUGAGCUGUUUCCCUUUCAGCAAGACUUGCACUGGAAAAGAACCUGUCAACAUAUGCUCUUUGGGAGACCAGCUUGCAGUGUUUGAAAGUUUCAAACAGAACCACAAAAAUGAGGAGAAAUGUUUGAAUCUAGUUUUUUCUCUUAAUAAUCACUGUCAUUAAAUCUUGAAUCUCACCUUGAAUAUCAAACCUUCAGGUUCCCAAGGAAAUCAGACUUCAACCUGACCUGUACCUGAUCAGAUGCCCUGUUGAUUCACAUAAAUGCAUAGGAUCCAGGAUAAACCCUUAUCUUGGAAAUUCAUUGUAUGUUAAGCCCCUGUCAGACUUAGCUCCCUUGAAGCUCUGCACUUAACUUUUCAGAUAUCUCUGUAGCCACAUGAACAUAGAAGCAAAUGCUCAUUACAUAAUUUGUGACCAUUAGGUUUGAAUUUUUGCACUGUAGGCUACUGUACACUUCUUCUCCUGUCCUUGCAACCCAGAUGCAUUUGAGCUCCUAGAGUACCCCAGAUUGAUUCCUAUACAUAUUGAAUAGUUUUAAGUAUAGGUAUUUUAUUGAGGUAUUCAUAUCAGAUAACCCACCCUCAAAGAGCCCAUUAAAUAAAACAUGUUGGGUUUCUUUGCCAUUCACAGGAGCCCACAAAUGCUUCUCCUUAACUCUCCAUUAGUGAAUGCAUCUGUUGUGGAUGAAAGACAGUAGGCAGCAAUUAUUUUUUCAGUUGCUCUCCACUUUGGAAGCACUCUGGAGGAAUCAGUCUCAAGUGCCCUAGGAGUCUUAUAUGACUGCAAGAUCAAGUGUUCUGCCUAUCCCAGACUUAGGUGCUGGGCUCCAGAGAUACUGAGGACCAGUGCCUUUUGGGCACCUUAUACUCCCAGUGUGACUGCAGACAUAUCAGCCCAUCUUUCUUCUGACCUUCAAGGAUGUUCUGUUGAGUUCUGAUGCUGAGUGCUUCUUCAGAGACUAAACAGCCUGGCUGAAGCUUGCCAGAAAUUCUGGACCCCUGGAUUCUGCACACAUUAUAUGUGUGCAAAGUAAAGGAUAAAGCAAAGUCACUGAUAGUUUACAGUUAGGCUAAACUAAGGUUGCAAUUUACUUAGCCAACCAGAGUACAUGGAGAAAAACUGGAGUAAGCUUUGUUUUAUUUUCUUCCUCUAGCACAUAAUUAUGGUCCACAUUAUAAAUAGACAUGAAUGUGUCAAUGUAUAUUUCAAGUUUACUUGUAAAUCUUAGUAUCGUAAAUGUUUACAGUUGAAGCUAGAAGGAAGAUGUUUGUCAGUUUUAAUGGUGCCUCAGAGUAACUUAUUUUUACACUUCAAAUUAUAAAGAGCGUUCAAAUUUUCUUUUGCAUGUGAGGCAAAUCCAUCAUAUUCUGGUAGCACCCCAAACACAAGUACUAAUUUUUGUUUUUUACUUUUAAAUCUUAAAGACUUUCUAUGUGCAUUAUCCAUAUUGACUAGGACAGUGAUAGCUAACCAGAGGGUAUGUUUGAAGAAACCAGAAAUAAUAGGAGGAACUUAAGAAGCUACCUAAUUUGUAAUUUAAUUAGCUGACAGUAUGGCAACACUCAAACCUUAAGUGUCUGAAAUAAGUAGCUGAGACAUCAAGUCUGCUCUCGGUCUUUUCUGUCAAGGCCUUAAUAAAAGCAAUGAGCUUAAUGAAAUAAUAUAAACACUGACUCAAGUUGGCAUCCAUGAUUUCAGCGUAUGUAUCAGUGCAGACAUAGGCACAAUCUACAGCUAAUUUUUCCUCUGUAAACCCAGCUUGGAAGUCCACCAUUCUGCAACUUCUGUUGAUUUCAGUUAAAUGUCUGUAGGAUAGAUCCAUGAGCCACAAUCGUAGAUAGCCAUAGCAGAGACAGGGUGGAAGUACAUGCAUAGUUGGAUGUGGUGUUGAAAGUUCUUACACAACUGACAUCCAACAGAAUGGGCAAGCUGCUCUUCAGCUGAAAACUGUACGUCGGCUGUUUCUGCCUGCUGAUGGACUGGAGUAAGAACUUCAAGUGCCUCUCGCUGAAUAUGUGUUUCUCCCCUGAUGUGCCAGGGCUACCUAAGAAUGGGACUAUCCUUGAAGGGGAGGGCAUGUAAACCUAAAGCCUUAGCUCUCAGAAAAUCCAAUCCAAAUGUUUAUCAAGUGGUGCAUACCUGGUAACUUAGACAUAUCUAGAAGUAUACAAGGAAGUAUGGUGUUUGAGGCCAAUAAUGUAAUUUCUCAGUAACCUCAAAUAUUUGUUUCAGUUUACAGGAACAAAACAAAAGGAUCAAAGCCUUUACUCAUGAGGUAAUAAUCCAUUCCCAGUUUAUAUGUCCAUCACUUCUUACAUUUCUGUUACGGAUGAAAUUCAAGGUCUGUUCCCCUCAUUUGAAAUCCAUUAAGCCAGCCAUUUGAUGUCAAUUUACCUUUUUAAAUUUGGUGUCUUCAUAUUGACAACAUUAGUAAUUCUUAGUUUUCAGGUACAUUGGUUUUAAAACCAGUGAACAUCUUGUUAAUCAUGUUUUCCUAAUACAGAGACUAUAUAGUGUAAAUAUACUCUGGGUAAGUGAGCUCUUUUAAUGGCUUCAUAUUUGCACAGUGUGAGUUGCCUCAAUCUGUCCUUGCUCUGAUCUUCAUUUGUUUGUUUUACUUUUUUUAAAUCAGCUGAUCACAUUGAUCAGGAACACUGGCCAAAAUACAACAUGGCUUAGGCCGGACACAGAGACAAAAUCACCUUUUAAAAUCAGUUCUUAAAAUUUUUAAUGUUUUAAAUGUUGUUUUCUAUGCUGUUAAUGCCAUUUUUGUAUUACAUGUAUUCACCACAUGUUCCUCACAUUUUGUGUUUUUGUUAUAUCAUUUGUCCAAUUCUAACCUACAUCAUGUGUUUGGGAAAUGGUCUCCUCCACCCUGUACAUAUAGUUUAUGCUUUCUUCAAUAUAUUAUUGUGAGGAAAUUGGCUCAAAUCAAAUCAGCUAAAUAUAGAGAUGUUUAGCAACCUCAGAUGUAGAAUCAAUGUCACUUUUUUAUCUCCAGGUGGUUACUUGAAUAAGGGGGAAGAGUAGAUCAACUGAAUCAGUGGACAUAUGACAGAUCAGCACUUGUGUAAAAUUUCAUUGUUCCAGUGGUUCUAUUCUAGUUGAGACUAACAAUUGGAUUUAGGGUUCUGUCGCUUAAUAUGUACUUAGAACUGGGACCUAUAGACCUAUAGAGCUACCAGUCAAGCUCACUUUGAUAACGUCACUUAUGUUGUGAGAAAAUACAAAACAUUGAGGUAGAAAAAUGUUAGUUUAGACGUACUGAUGUUUUCAAAAGUAGUGAUUUGGGGGAGCUCAUUGGUUUCUCUAUACUCUUACUUUUUAACAGUAAGAUAAAGCCAAAACAAAAACAAAAAACCACCAAAAUCGAUUUUCAUCGGGAGAAAGGGGUUUCAAGAUUCACCUUUCUCUCCUAAAAGUUGGAGUAUUCUGCAUGGACACUAAUGGAGAUGGUUUUCGCUUAAACUUUUGAAAGCACUUCUUCAUGGACUUCUGCAUGAUCCUGCAGUAGACCUGAAUAAUGUGAAAAGGGGUAUUGCAUGAGAAUUGGAACCUUAUCACACAAGAAAACAAAGUGAACAUAAAGCCAGAGAGUAGCAGCUUCCUCUGUGUGCCUUACCACAUGGUCUUGUGGCACAUCAGUUCUCUUCCUGCGGGAGAAGGUCCUAAAAUCAUGUCUUUUGUCAAACAGAUAUUUCCAGCUAGAAAAAAGACACACUUUUAAAACCAUUUCCUGUGGGAAGAGUACUGAAGCACUACACCAUCAUGCAGCAAAUGACCGAGAAAACCAAUACUCUCUGGCUUUAUUUCUGCUUUGCUUGCUUUCUCAUGCUCUUGGUUAAUUGUAGUAGGGAGGUAAAACCAGAAGAAAAGAAAGCUCUUUUAUUCAACCCUUUAUUCAAACAAUUACAGGCAAAAUAGCACAGCUAUAGGUUCCCCCUCUAGUAUACCACUUCUUAAAAUAUAAUUUUAAAGGUAAUAUUUCUUUUCAGUUGUCUUUAAAACAUAGCUGAGGAAAAAGGGAUACUUCCUUGUUUUACUUAAGCUUUUAAAUGCCAACUGUUCAAAAUCUGAGUGUUUGCCACUCUUCAGUCCUGCCCCAUUCCAAUUGUUUUUGUCAUCGUCUUUGUCUUUAAUUUCUUUAUAUAUAAAUGGAAUGCAAUUUAGCUUGUAUGUAUGUAUUAAUAACAUUUUGCAUAUGUGAGCAUAUGGGCAAAAACUGCACAGUUGUAAUGGUAUUCCAAUAGCAAUUGUAAAACUGCACAAGUCAGUGAUUGUAAAGUAUUCUGUAACAAGCAAUGUUUGUCUUCUAUUUUUUGAUACCUCUUACACUUAUGUCUUUUAGAAAGACAGUGCCUCUGUAUGCUUUUUGUAUUUUUACUGAGUGAUUGUAAAUAUUUGUUAUAUUUUUGGUUAAGAGAAUGUUUAAAAGUACUGUUUAAUAUCCGAUCUACUAAUGUUGUUGGAACCAAUAAAAGACUUAACUUGGA